GCCCCUCCCCGCCCCGUCCGUCGGUAGCGGCUCCGCCGGGCGCCGCCGCCGCGGCCAUGGACUGAGCGGCACCAUGGGCGCCAAGGAGUCCCGCAUCGGCUUCCUCGGCUACGACGAGGCGCUGCGGAGGGUUACAGACAUAGAGCUGAAGAGGCUGAAAGAUGCUUUCAAGAGGACUUGUGGCCUCUCCUAUUAUAUGACCCAGCAGUGCUUCAUCAGGGAAGUUCUUGGUGAUGGAGUCCCUCCAAAAGUUGCUGAGGUUAUCUACUGUUCAUUUGGAGGAAUAUCCAAAGGGCUGCACUUCAAUAACUUGAUAGUUGGAUUAGUUCUACUCACAAGAGGCAGAGAGGAAGAGAAAACAAAAUAUAUUUUCAGUCUCUUCUCCAAUGAAUCUGGGAGUUAUGUUGUCCGUGAUGAGAUGGAGAAGAUGCUGCAUGUGGUUGAUGGGAAGGUCCCAGAGUCACUCAAGAAAUGUUUCUCGGAGGGUGAGAAGGUGAACUACGAGAAGUUCAGGGUUUGGCUCCUGCACAACAAAGACGCCUUCACGUUCUCGCGGUGGCUGCUCUCGGGGGGCGUCUACGUGACCCUCACUGAUGACAGUGACACCCCCACCUUCUACCAGACCCUGGCUGGAGUCACCCACUUGGAAGAGUCCGACAUCAUCGACCUGGAGAAGCGCUACUGGCUGCUGAAGGCUCAGUCGAGAACGGGACGCUUUGACUUAGAAACAUUUGCCCCCUUGGUUUCCCCUCCCAUUCAUCCAUCUCUGAGUGAAGGUUUGUUUAAUGCUUUUGAUGAAAACCGAGACAAUCACAUAGAUUUUAAAGAAAUUUCCUGUGGGCUCUCAGCAUGUUGCAGGGGACCCUUGGCAGAAAGACAGAAGUUUUGCUUCAAGGUGUUUGACGUGGACAGGGACGGGGUGUUGUCCCGCACGGAGCUGAGGGACAUGGUGGUGGCUCUGCUGGAGGUGUGGAAGGAUAAUCGCACGGAUAAAAUACCCGAGCUGGACAUGAGUUUGGCUGAGAUCGUAGAAGAUAUUUUGCAUACCCAUGAUAACACAAAGCUCGGACACCUCACUCUGGAGGACUACCAGAUCUGGAGUGUGAAGAGUUCUCUUGCCAAUGAGUUUUUAAAUCUGCUUUUUCAGGUGUGUCACAUAGUGCUGGGGCUCAGACCUGCCACCCCAGAGGAGGAAGGACAGAUUAUCAGAGGCUGGUUAGAAAGAGAGAGCAGGUAUGGCCUCCAGCCAGGGCACAACUGGUUUCUCAUUGCCAUGCCCUGGUGGCACCAGUGGAAAGAAUAUGUCAAAUAUGAUGCAAAACCUGUUGUGAUAGAGCCUUCAUCUGUCCUGAGUGGAGGUAAGAAUUCCCUCGUAGCUGCUCCAGCCAAUCCCUCAGAACAGGGAGAAGACAAAGUGGGAGGUCUUAAUUACUACAGUGCAACAGAAGAAAAGUUUUCAGAUAAUAUUUCUACUGCCUCAGAAGCCUCAGAGUCCAGCAGCAGCAACACCCUUUACCCUGGGAGCCCAGGCUCUGAGGUGUGCUUUGCCAGGCAGCACAACACUUCAGACAACAACAACCAGUGUUUCCUUGGAAGCAACGGGAACGCUCUGCUCCAGCUUAACCCUCAGAAACCAGGAGCCAUUGAUAACCAGCCCCUGGUCACACAGGAACCAGUGAAGGCUGCCUCACUAACAAUGGAGGGGGGGAGGUUAAAGAGAUCUCCACAGCUGGUGGAAGGAAAGGACUAUGUGAUGGUACCAGAACCAGUCUGGAGAGCACUUUACCACUGGUAUGGAGCAAAUCUGUCCUUGCCCAGACCGGUGAUCAAGAACAGCAAGACCAACGUGGCAGAGCUGGAGCUGUUCCCGCGGUACCUGCUGUUCCUGCGGCAGCAGCCGGCCACGCGCACCCAGCAGUCCAACAUCUGGGUCAAUAUGGGUAUGAUGAGCCUCAGAAUGUUCCCUCAGCACUUACCCAGAGGGAAUGUCCCUUCUCCAAAUGCUCCUCUAAAAAGGGUCUUGGCUUACACUGGCUGCUUCAGUCGGAUGCAAACCAUCAAAGAGAUCCAUGAAUAUCUGUCCCAGAGGCUGCGGAUCAAGGAGGAGGACAUGAGGCUCUGGCUGUACAACAGUGAGAACUAUCUCACCUUGCUGGAUGAUGAAGAUCACAGACUGGAAUAUCUUAAAAUCCAGGAUGAGCAGCAUUUAGUAAUAGAAGUUCGGAACAAGGACAUGAGCUGGCCAGAGGAGAUGUCUUUUAUAGCAAACAGCAGUAAAAUAGACAGACAUAAAGUUCCUACUGAAAAGGGUGCUACAGGGCUGAGCAAUCUGGGGAACACGUGUUUCAUGAACUCCAGCAUCCAGUGUGUCAGCAACACACAGCCUCUCACUCGCUACUUCAUCUCAGGAAGGCAUCUCUAUGAACUUAACAGGACAAAUCCCAUAGGAAUGAAAGGACACAUGGCCAAGUGCUACGGGGAUCUGGUUCAGGAGCUGUGGAGUGGGACUCAGAAGAACAUUGCACCCCUAAAGCUGAGGUGGACAAUAGCAAAAUAUGCUCCAAGAUUUAAUGGCUUCCAACAGCAAGACUCCCAGGAGCUUCUGGCUUUCCUCCUGGAUGGGCUCCACGAGGAUUUGAACAGAGUUCAUGAUAAGCCAUAUGUUGAACUGAAGGACAGUGAUGGGCGACCAGACUGGGAAGUAGCAGCAGAGGCCUGGGAAAACCAUCUGAGGAGAAACAGAUCCAUUGUUGUGGAUUUAUUUCAUGGGCAGCUGAAGUCACAAGUGAAAUGUAAAACUUGUGGCCAUAUAAGUGUUAGGUUUGACCCCUUUAAUUUUUUAUCCUUGCCUUUGCCAAUGGACAGCUACAUGCACCUAGAAAUUACAGUAAUUAAAUUAGAUGGUACCACUCCUGUUCGAUAUGGCCUGAGAUUGAACAUGGAUGAAAAGUACACAGGAUUGAAAAAACAGUUAAGUGAACUCUGUGGGCUCAAACCAGAACAGAUCCUACUUGCAGAGGUGCACAGCUCCAACAUAAAGAACUUCCCUCAGGACAACCAGAAGGUGAGGUUGUCGGUGAGCGGGUUCUUGUGUGCGUUUGAGAUCCCCAUCCCAGGAUCCCCCACGUCAGCAUCAAGCCCUGUGCAGACAGACACCUCCACUGGGCCCUCAGCUAACGGAACCCCCACCAUCCUGAUGAAUGGGGACCUUCCCAAGCCCCUCAUUCCCAACGGGAUGCCAAACACUGUCGUGCCAUGUGGGACCGAGCGGAACCCGCCCGGCUGGGCCCUCAACGGCCACGUGCCCUCGCUGUGUGACAGCCCCUGCACAGGGUACAUCAUUGCAGUGCACAGGAAAAUGAUGAGGACAGAGCUGUACUUCCUUUCAUCCCAGAAGAAUCGUCCCAGUCUCUUUGGAAUGCCCCUCAUUGUUCCCUGCACGGUGCACACCCGGAAGAGGGACCUGUACGAUGCCGUGUGGAUCCAGGUGUCCAGGCUGGCCAGUCCCCUCCCUCCUCAGGAGGCCAGUAACCAUGCCCAGGACUGUGAUGACAGCAUGGGGUAUCAGUAUCCCUUCACCCUCAGGGUAGUUCAGAAGGAUGGAAAUUCUUGUGCUUGGUGUCCAUGGUACAGGUUCUGCCGGGGCUGUAAAAUCGAGUGCACAGAGGACAGAGCCUGUGUGGGCAGCGCUUACAUCGCUGUGGACUGGGACCCCACCGCCCUCCACCUGCGCUACCAAACCUCCCAGGAGCGGAUCGUGGAAGAACACGAGAGUGUUGAGCAAAGCCGCCGGGCUCAGGCAGAGCCCAUCAACCUGGACAGCUGCCUGCGAGCCUUCACCAGCGAGGAGGAGCUGGGGGAGGAUGAGAUGUACUACUGCUCCAAGUGCAAGACCCAUUGCUUGGCCACCAAAAAACUGGAUCUCUGGAGGCUUCCCCCUAUUUUGAUCAUUCACCUGAAAAGGUUUCAGUUCGUAAACGGCCGCUGGAUAAAAUCUCAGAAAAUUGUCAAAUUUCCCCGAGAAAAUUUUGACCCAAGUGCCUUUUUGGUACAAAGGGAUCCAAGUCAUUUCCAAAGGAAGGCCCUGACGCUCCAGGUGGACACAGAGCCACGGAACCUCCCAGGGGAGCCCAGGAAAACAGAGCUGCAGAGCUCUGGCACACCAGGGGAAGGAGAGACACUCAACAGGAGCCCAUCCUCCCUCAACACUACUGUCCUCAACAGUGUCAAAGCAUCUCCAUCUCUGGGGAGGAAAGGUGGAACCAGCUGUCCCUCGAGUAAAAACAGCAGCCCCAACAGCAGCCCCAGGACUUUAGGGAGGGGCAAAGGGCGGCUGCGGCUGCCCCAGCUGGGGAAAAACAAACUGUCCAGCAGCAAAGAGAACUUGGACGCCAACAAGGAGAACGGUACCGAGCAGGAGCAGGGGGAUGCCCUCACCAAGGGGCACGUGCUGGGGGGCAGCCAGAGCGAACUGUGCGGUGCCCAGGAGGGCGAGGGGCCUCUGGCCAACGGGUACCUGUGCGAGCAGAGCUCCUUCAGCAACGGGCUGAGCGCACAGGGGGACGCCCACAGCGAGGACGACGGCGCCGACGACCAAAGAGAGGACGUGUGUGCGAACCCCAUCUACAACCUUUAUGCAAUCUCGUGCCAUUCAGGAAUUAUGGGAGGGGGUCAUUACGUCACUUAUGCCAAAAACCCGAACAACAAGUGGUACUGCUACAAUGACAGCAGCUGUAAGGAGCUGCACCCGGAUGAGAUCGACACGGACUCUGCCUACAUUCUGUUCUACGAGCAGCAGGGGGUGGACUAUGCCCAGUUCCUGCCCAAGAUCGACGGCAAGAAGAUGGCAGACACGAGCAGCAUGGACGAGGACUUCGAGUCCGACUACAAGAAGUACUGCGUGCUGCAGUGAGGGAGGAGGAGCUGCCCGCCGUGGGAGCAGGGGAGGGGGACACCCUGCAGGGCAGGGGACGCUGAGGGUGUCCCUGGGACGCGUCACCCACGCGGGGUUGUCGCAGCCCGUGGGCUGAAAGCACAAAAAGCACCCCCUGGUCACCCAGUUAAUAUCCAGUAGUAUCGUUUUGUUCUGUUUUCUCACUACGCGCUCUGAACGUUUCUGAUGUUGGACAUCAGGCUGAGACUGCCACUGGCCUUUAAAUCUAAUGGUUUGAGAAAAGCCACCCAGGACCAAAUAAGAGCUAAAUUAAAUAGUCCAAAUAAGAGCUAAACGAAGUAGUGUAGAGUUUACCAACUGUUCUAACAACCCCCCGAGGCUCUCGUUAGGUUUAAGGUAAUGGGGAAAACCAAUUUGUAGUGUUGUCUUUGGACAACAUGAUAUUGCUACCUCCUUUUUCCUGCAGUUUUAUUGCAUUUUAUUGGCAAAACAGGGAAAGCAAGAGAAGGAAAAGUGCACAAACCGAAAGAAUUAUCGUCAAGAGUAGGAGAAGUUUCCAGUUUUGCCACCACUGAUGUGUGUCCGUUGCUUUCUUUCUGUAUGUUGGGAGCACAAACCAAAUCAUCCUUUGAGAAGAGAUUCGUUUCUGCACUCGAAUGGUUUGUUCUCUUGUGUUUCCUCCACGUGUUGGCCGUGCACAAUCCAACGGGUUUCAGGAAUGGCUUUUCUGCCUGGAGAGUGCUGGCUCAAAGCUCUGAGCUGCCUCAGGCUGCAGAGAGUAGUUGUGGUUCCACUCGUGGUGUCCUUAAAGCCGUGCACAUUGCACGGAGCGUUCCCGGCGCGCGGAAGGAGAGACGCUUGAGCUUACGUUUCAUGACUGGUGUUGCUUUUUAAAUUUGCACUUUUGAAAAUGCGUAGAAUUGAAUUGAAAAACCAGAGUUUGGUUUUUGUUGUUCGUUGUCGUCGUCUGUAAGGGCUCUGGAGUGAAUGGCUGUGAAUUAUCCACUGUGUAUUUCCAAGGGAGGCGAAGCCGUGGCUGUCAGGGAGCUCUCGUAGCACUCAUGGAUGGAGAUAUUUUUAUUUUUUUUUGGUUUCAUCAUUUAAUGGAGUUUCUUGGUUUCAAAAUUUGGUUGCCUUUUCAAAUUUUCUUCUUGUUUUUUUGGGUUUUUUUUUUGGUAAGAACAGUUUAUGCAAAUACUUGCAAUUAAACCAGAAUUGCUUUCCCUGCCCUUGCAACAGUGCUCUGUAACUCCAGGGGGCUGUUGCAGGAGGGAAGGUGUGACUGAAUCUUAGCAGAGACUGGAAAAAAAGAUGGUUGUUUUUUGAGCAGGCAUUUCCUUGAACAUUUUCAGUGUUAAGUCGUUUGCAUAUCUGAAUGAAGAUAAAAAUCUCACUCUUUUGGCCUUUUUUUUUUUCCUUCAGCUGAGUUCAAGCAGCUCAUUAAUUUUGUCCUGUGUCAUCUUCCCAGUUCUCUGGAUUCUGUAUCUUCACUGACAGAGCUGUGACUUACUGUGGUUCUCUGAAAUGAACAUUUGGAUUCUUCCUGAGGGGUUUUACAAGGAUGCCAAACCUUCAGUGGGUUUGUCACUCCCAGGAAGGUCUGAGCUUUAUCCAUGUAAGGAAUGGAAUCAGCUGGUCUGGCUGUUCCCUCCUUUGGAGGUUGUGCCUCUGCAGCAGAUCUGUUCCAAAAAUGAGUAUUGUCUUACCUGUCAGGUGUUGCUCCUUAUCCUCUCUGGUCUUUUAUCUUUCAAGUGGUCUAAACAUUGAGCCUGAAGAAAAGCAAACAUGACGUGGGAAUUUCUAGGGUAGAAGCUUUUUCAAUACCCACUUGUCUGCUCCUCCCUCAGCAAACUCCAUGAAAAGUGAAAGAUUUUCAACUGAUUUACUUUAAAAUGUUUUAUUUAAGCAGGUAGCACAAUCUACUAAUGUUAUUUGAUCUUCUGUGUUUGUUACAUUGGUUGUAAUUAAUUUUUUAAAUUAAAUUAAUUCAUAAAUUAGUAGUAAAUUUAUUAAGUUAACUAUUAACUACAUUCACUUUGUAAAUUAUUGUAUAAAAACUUAUUGACAAUGCACUGACUUUAGAAAGAUGUUAAUGUACAUAAAUACCUUGUAAAUAAAAUAGUGUUGAUGUACUGGAAUAUGAGCUGUAUUAAAACAAAGGUAUUGGUAAUUGUAUAUGGAGUGAACCUGUUUAUCUGUAACUAUAUUAUUCAAACAAAUUAAAUACUGUGGAUGCAGAUGAAGUGUCA